AUGGAGUGUGGUUUUUUAUGUGCUGGUGUACCAGUGUUCUCAAAAGCCGAAGCAGUUCCAAAUAUUGAUCAGGACGAUGGGAAAAUUGGUACAUGUUCCAAUCAGACUGACUGCGACAAGAUUAAUUAUAAAUGUCCAUGGGGAAACCUCCUCUGUGCUGAUGGUGAAUGCAGAUGCCCUCGCCGCCAGCUAAAUCAAAUUAACAAAUGUUCCAACCAGACCGACUGCGACAAGAUUAAUUAUUUAUGUCCAUCGGGAAAGCUUUCCUGCGUUGAUGGACAAUGCAAAUGCGUUGGUUAUCUGCUGCCAAAUGAAAUUGGUAAAUGUUCUAAACAGAAGGACUGCGACAUGAUUAAUUAUUUAUGUACAUCAGGAAAGCUCCAAUGUGUUAAUGGGCAAUGCAAAUGCGUUCCUUAUCUGCCAAAUCCAAUCCGUAAAUGUUCUCAACAGACUGACUGCGACAAGAUUAAUUAUUUAUGUCCAUGGGGAACGCUCCAAUGUGUUAAUGCGCAAUGCAAAUGCGUUAACUUGCCCUGA